AUGCCAGCUCAUCCCCCACUUCCUCCAAUCCUUUCACAGCAAUCGCCUGGAAUGGACCUCCGAGACAUGCCCGAAGCAGAAGGCAAUCGCUCACCAGCCAUGCAUCCAGUCAAACAUGAACCUGUCUCACCUCCAAGUCUUAGUCUUGCCUCGCCUAGGGCAACUCACUCUCAACCAUGGUCUGUCAGGUCAGAUGAUGGAGCAAACUCUAAUCCAAUGGCACUCGAUAAAGUCCUGUCAAGCACGAAUGGCGCCGGUAGCCAUAUUCGUCAUCUCAGUGAACCAGAGGAGCCUAAUAAGCGUCCCAAGACAAACUUAGGAGAGCCUAAACGGGAUGACAAUAAGCCUUUUAGGUUUGCACAGCACCGAAACGUUCUUCCUAGACCACUUCACACUGUUAGUUCCCAAUCCCAGUCUCAAUCCCAGUCUCAGUCUCAGUCGCAUUUGCAGCUACCGACAAGUGCAUCGUUGUCGAAAAGACUAUCUGCCAAGCAUGGCAAAAACACGCGAAACCUAACCAUCUUUCCACCCGCAUACACAGAUCAGCUUGCACUUGGCAUACGUUCUGCACCACUUAAUUCUGGAUUUAGACAGCAGCAGCAGCAACAGCAGCAUCAGCAACAACAUCAGCAGCAGACACAGCAGCAGCAACCUCACACUGCUUAUUUCCACCCCCCACAGCAGCCACCUUCUACAGCCGGGCGCACCAAUGGUUCGACGCUUCUCCAGCCCGGGCACACUCUUGCUCCUCUCCUAUCUCCUCGAGCACCCGUUCGCUUCCACAAGGAUGCAGACAAGACGUUUCCUCCUUCCCCUCGAAAACAGGAAUUUGCUAUACCACCAAUUGUACCAUCCCAGCAACAGCCUUCCCAUCACACCACUAAUUUCCAACAUCAAUCGCAACCACAAUCCCAGCAACAACAGCAAUCACAAUCACAAUCCCAGCAACAACCGCAACCGCAGCCACAACCGCAGCAAUAUGUCUCUUCACCUUCGCUGUAUGGCAGUGGUGGUGGUUAUCAGGCAAAGUCUAGCUCUGGAUCUGGAUCUGGCUCUGGCUCUACCUCGGCCUUACUUCCUACUACUGCCGCUGCUGUCCCUCUUCCACCUCAGACUCCUACCACUACAACAUUUGCUGCUCUUCAACGCCAACAGUUUCUCCAACCAUUCGAACAUUUGUUUGACACGAUCGAAACCACUCGCACUCUCAAGACUACCCUAGAUGAUCAGAUUAGACGUUCGUCUAGUCUUAUGCAAACCCUCCAAGCAUCCUCGACUACCAUUGAAGGGCUCAUCCGCAAUCAAAUCAAAGAAGCGCAUAAGGAGACAACCAAUCGCUUCCAUAACACUAUUAAUGAUAUCCUUAAAAGGCUUGAUGCACUCGAAAAUAACUCUGCCGUGCCUGCUACUGCUAUUUCUACUGCUAAUAACACUGCUUCUAAUACAAACACGACUACGCCCACAACCUCUAAUGCUAAUGCUAAUGCUAAUACUCCUGCUGCCAGCCACGCAAACAACCAUCCUUCGCAUUCUCACUCUUCUUCUUCCCCCUCCUCCUCUUCUCCUUUGUCUACUUCAAUUAAUGAAUCCAUCGUCGAAUCUUCUUCUGAAUCCAACCACCAUCCUCCUCACGCACACGCGCACGCACACACGCACCCUCACUCUAUCUCUCACCCUCACCCUCAUGUACACACACAUGUACCACCUGAACCAACCACACCUGCCAAGAUCAAUAGAGAGCAUCUCCGGAGUCCUCCUACCAUUGUACGUUCUCAGAAUGAGAUUGGACCUGAUGAAUACCAAAGCAUGCUUAAUGCAUUACGCGAACGUCUUGACCGUCUUGAACGACAAUUAGAGGUUUAA